AAGUUUCAAAACUUUCAAACAGGGCAGGCAGACAGAGAGACAGUGAGUCGGACGGCCUAAGUGACGGAGGGGAAUCGAGCUUUGGACAAACCGCUGCACCACACACUCCAAACAAGAACUGUGAACGAGUGAAGAAAAGAAAGAGGCAGAGUCAUUGUGGAUCAUUUUCAGGGGGAAUAUCCUGCACCACAACUUGUUUGUUUUCUCUUUCUUUCUCAUCUUCCCCCUCCUCUCAGAUCUCGAUGCUUUGCUUUGGGAUUUGUGCUCCAAAUCCAUCAAAUUCCUCUCUUGAUCUUUCUCUUUGUCAUCUGAAACAUUUUGAAUUACAAAUUUUUUCCAGAACUUUGCAACCCAACAAACUGAGACAGACGUUUGCAGAAUAUCACUUGGACUAAAAGUUGAAUCCAAGCCCGGUUCUGGAAUGAAUUUAACCGAGCCUAGUUUGUCUAGAGAGACUCUUCUGCAUGCCAAUCGGGUGUCUCUCGGGGGCCCCUGGGUGUCCAGGACCCCAAGCCCCGCCUCUGAUUCUGAAAUGGGUUUUGAGCAGAACCUCUCCGGGGACUGCAGUUCACCCGACGGCCUCGGAUGCGGGAGCAUGAGGAGGACAGAACCUAGGAUUUCUCUCACACCCAGUUCGGGGGGACAGAGUCCGGACAUGACCCAGGCGGGAGGUAUGUCGGCAGGCACGGUCGAUGGGAAAGCCGUUGGGGGUGAGCAGAGGAUCCGCAGGCCUAUGAAUGCCUUCAUGGUCUGGGCUAAAGAUGAGAGGAAGCGACUGGCCCUGCAGAACCCCGACCUGCACAAUGCUGUGCUCAGCAAGAUGCUCGGUCAGUCUUGGAAGGCCUUGAGUGCUACGGACAAGCGACCAUUUGUAGAGGAAGCUGAACGUCUACGUGUCCAGCACCUCCAAGAUCACCCAAACUACAAGUACAGACCUCGCCGCAAAAAAACCACCAAAAAACUCAAGCGGGUUGAACCAGGGCUUCUGCUUCACAGCUUAGCCCAGGGUGGGGGACCAGGCCUUGGAUUAGGAUCUGGUGUCAGUCCCUUGGGUGCAGAAGGUAUCUCUGGAGGUUCUGCUUAUGGACACCCAGGUGCCCACCCUACGCAUCACCAUCAUUCUCACCACCUGCUGCCCUCUCUUGGGCACUUCAGGGACCUCCAGGCCCCAGGACACCCAGAGCUGGAGAGCUAUGGCCUGCCCACUCCGGAAAUGUCCCCUCUGGAUAUCCUGGAAGAUGGAGCUGGGGAAUCUGUGUUUUUCCCCCAACAUGUGCAAGAGGAGGCAGGGAUGGGAGGUUGGAGUGGGUACCACCACCACCUUCACCAUCAUAACCAGCAUUACAGCCAUAAUUAUAACAACCAUAGUCACCACAACUCCAUACAUGGUGCAGCAACCUACGGUCAGAGUUCAGGAAUGAGUGUUGGGCCCAGUUUAAGCGCCAGUAUGAAUUCCAGUCCUGGUAGAAGCUCCAGAAUUGAUUCAAGAAUGAGUUCUGUUGAGUCAAAUAUGACCUCAGGCAUGAGCUCUGUCACCUCGGUUUUGGCGAGUUCGGUCAACUCUAGGUUAAAUACUCAUGCUUCCGGUCACCACAUCACCUUGCGGAGUCCUGUAAAGUGCCCACCACCUCUGUCUGACUCCUCCUCCCCUGUUUCCUAUUCCCAACCCUCCAUCAGCCUCCCUGAGCCAAUUAAAUCCCACCAAAUGCCACAUCAAGCCACUGCUCCUGUUGGCUACUUCAGCCAGAUGUACGGGAGCAGCACCCCGAAUGCUGCAUAUUACAUGCCUUCUCACCUGGGGCAACUUUCACCUCCUCCUGAAACCUCUCCUUCUUCCUGCUCUUCCUCCUCCAUUGUCCAGUCAAACUUCCCUCCCACUUUGCACUUAGACCCUUCAAAUGCAGAUUCUUCCAGCAAUUUGGGGUCUUCUUCUGCUGAGUUUUGGUCUGAGGUAGACAGGCAUGAAUUUGACCAAUAUGUAAAUGUUGGAAGAAAUCGAGAGGAGGCCUAUGGGCGUGGUGGGGGUUGUGGGGGUGGCCUUAAAGUCCAGAGUGGGCGAAGUAGCAAUAGUGUAGGUAGUAGCAUGAAUAGCAGUAUUAUUAACAGGGAUGUCAGUAGCAUUUUGAGUGGUGCUGGUGGGUGUGAUGAAGGGAGUAGCCCUCUUAUAUCUGCUCUCUCUGAUGCCAGCAGUGCUGUCUAUUACAGCGCCUGUAUCACUGGAUAAAUACUCCAUGAUAUCAUCUUUCAUACCUCCUUGCAUACUGCACAGUUUGGUUUGGUUCAUUUGAGCCAUUGUUACGUGAUUGGGAGGAAGUAUAUGGGGAAGAUUAGUUUUGGCUCAUACUUUUAGUCAAGUCAUUGUCUUGUCUUGCUGAUGUCUCACAGAUUCCAACUCUAAAUAUAAAAAAUUAAAGUUUUCUCUAAAUACUAAAAAGAAAAAUGCUGAUUGGCGCUUUCAUUGUAGAAGUGCUUACUAGAGCCGAAGCUGGGUAGAGCCAAAACCACAGUUAUUGAAAAAUGUGCUAAAAAUAAAGAAACUGGCAAAGAAAGCCCUUUUGUCAAAUUAUAUGAACAUAUACAUAUAAUUGUUCAUUUUGAAAUUAAUUUAUGCAUUCCUGAACAUGAUUUGAUCCUUGAUAGCUAUGGGCUAGCUUAACUUUAACUUAUUAGGUUGGGUAACUUGCAACCAGCAGGAUUGUUUGUAGGAUUCAUGGAAUAGCCUGAUAUGGAUUACUAGCUAUUGGCACCUUUGCUGGCAGAAACUCUAGCAGUAGGUCUUGGCUUUUGCUGAGCAACUGCAAAAUUAGCUUCAGUCACUUAGCUAGCAGAAGCUCUUUAUCAAGAUAUUUUAUGUUGAUCCAAAUGAAUGUUCUCAAGGUGCUUCCUGGGGACACAAAGAAAAUAAAGAAAUAAGUGUGGGAAGGGAAGGUAAAAAGAAGGCAGCUGGAGAGCACCAUAAAAAUAGCCUUGUGCUUUGCAGUUAUUUAUCAAGGUUGCUAAGUCUCUGUUUGCAUAAUGCUAAUAAACUGGGAGUCUAUCAAUUGCUGGAUACAUUUAUGACCUGCAAAUUGUUCUGGUGGCUAGAUAGUCUGAAGGAUUCAAGGAUGUAGGAUCUCAACAAGUUCUUGACUUAGCUGAAAUUCCUAUAAGCAAGACACUAAGCUCUUACAUUUUCCACUUUGUUUCUCUGCUAUCUAACCCCUCUGGUGACAGACAGUACAUGCUAUAGGCCAAUAAUGGAAGUCAAAAUAUUUCUUUAAUUGCACUGUGCGUACUCUCAGAAAAAUAUGCAACUAGGACAAAUCUGAAUUGCAAGAUCAUCUCAUAUCAUUUUUGACAUUUCUUCUCAGGACCAGACAAAUAAAUAUUCAUCUCACUGAACUUGAUUUUAAGUUUAGAUUAAUUCAUCACGUUUGUUAAAUGGGAACAUGGACAAACUCGGGAGAUGGACAGAGAGAAAAAGACUCGAUGGGAGAGACUUGAUCCAGCCUCCACAUAUCUCUCUGCAGUGAUGUCGGGAAAGCUUUGGCCACAGACCCAGAGCAGACCACUGAUGUCUCCCACAAACUAUCAGGAUGUUUUACAAGCCGGGUCGGGUUCUUUCUGACCGUGAUACAUGCCGUUCCCUUUCUCAGUCUCAGUCCAUGACAGGGCCUCAUGUCAAACUGCAUGCCAAAAUCUGAAAGUUUUAAGUUGCUUUACUUCUUGGCAAACAAAGAUAUCUUGAUGAUUCAAAGAUCAUUCUUUUUAACCAGUAAGCCUCUCGGGUAUAACAAGCAUAUCAUUUCUUUAAACAAUGUCUCCUUUUUCAACGUUAAAAUGUGUAGAAGAUUGGGUUCAUGAAAACAGCUUCAUUUUAUACUUUAAAAUUCAUCAUUUCCAGUCCCUGCAUAUUUGCAAUUUUAUUCAAUGCAACAUUAUACUUCCAGGUAUUGGUAAGCAGUUUGACCAGUCUGUUCAAUUCUUUAUUUCAUAAAAAAAAUUGUUGAAGGAUAAUGGUUCAUAGGUUUUAUAAUUUGAUGUAGCCGUUUACUGUAUAUAUAUAGUUGCUAAGCCUCUUGGCAGUAUGUGAUGGAGAAAUUGAGACUAUGAAAUGUUCUCUUUGCACUGAGUUUAAUGUCUUAGCUGUAUAGAAGGAACACUACUUAUCGAAAGUCCAUAAUUUUAAAUAUGUUUUGUACAGAAAGGACUGUGUUUAUUUUAUUGAUUCUGUUUUUUAAAUGUCUUGUCUCAAAGAAAAAGUUUGACAUUUUAGGAAACAGGCUUUCUUGCUGAAAUUUAGAUGAGAAGAUUGAGACCACUCUUGUGUCUAGAUGUUAAGCUGGAGCUGGGAGGUGAUUAGCCUAGCUUAGCAUAAGCUAGAAUCAAGGGAUCUGCUAGCCUGGCUUUCCUCAAAA